AUGGUCUUAUUUGCUUUGAAAUCUGAAACCAGAUGUCAAGUGUUCAAGUCAUUUCAGCCGGAGUGGAGUUUUGUCUCUGUUCACUUGGCCACUGCAGGCGUAUGUGGGGAGGAGGGUGGUCCAUGUUUUCAGACCCAAAGCUCCUUUUCCUCUCUUAUUGGUUCAGGGUUAGACCAGGAGGCAGGAAACCUGGAUUUCAGCCCAUGCUGCUCUCUGGCUCCUGAAAUCUUCAUUGUCUUGAGUGUGGAAGUGGGCUGGGGGGAGAUGGCGCCACCUCCCUCUGAGCUCAGGUUGGUGUGUAAAUGUGCUGCACACACGUGCAGCAUCACUGUUGUCAGGAAGAUGCAGGGGGAGAGCUGA